CGGGGGAAGGCACUUGCUGACCCCAGGAUCUGAUUGGCCGGGGCAGCCAGUCCUGGGGAGCCGGGAGGUGGGAGGAGAGGGAGCCCCUACAAAUCCUAGGGGCUGGAGCUGGCCAGGGCAUCUCUGGGUGGUGGAGCGUGCUGAGGAGGUGACCUGCAGCAGAGAAGGCCCUGUGACGAGCAACCAUGACUGACCAGCAGGCGGAGGCGCGGUCCUACCUCAGCGAGGAGAUGAUCGCUGAGUUCAAGGCUGCCUUCGACAUGUUUGACGCCGAUGGUGGCGGGGACAUCAGCGUCAAGGAGUUGGGCACGGUGAUGAGGAUGCUGGGCCAGACACCCACCAAAGAGGAGUUGGAUGCCAUCAUCGAGGAGGUGGACGAAGACGGCAGCGGCACCAUCGACUUCGAGGAGUUCUUGGUCAUGAUGGUGCGCCAGAUGAAAGAGGAUGCGAAGGGGAAGAGCGAAGAGGAGCUGGCGGAGUGUUUCCGCAUCUUCGACAGGAACGCAGACGGCUACAUCGAUGCAGAGGAGCUGGCUGAGAUUUUCAGGGCCUCUGGGGAGCACGUGACGGACGAGGAGAUCGAAUCCCUGAUGAAAGACGGUGACAAGAACAACGACGGCCGCAUUGACUUCGACGAGUUCCUGAAGAUGAUGGAAGGCGUGCAGUAAGAAGUCGGCUUCUCCUCCGCCCCGACCGCGCGUCCCUUGGGCCAGGACGGUGCCACCCCCGCCUCGUCCCAUCCUCCGCCCCGGGAGGGAGGCGCGGCCCCCUGCUGGCUCUGUGUCCGGAAGGAAUAAAAGCAGACGCUGCGAAA